AUGGACUUUAUUGACCUUGAAGCCUUCUCGGUGAUCGAUUCUUCAGCAGAAAAGGCUUCCGAUAGCUCUCUACCUGAACCGUCAUCGCUGCUAGAUCUUUCAACCUUAUCAAUUGAUUCUGGCACCAAUGAAGCGAGUUUCAAGAUACCUGAUCUCCGUAACAGGGAAGAUGUUUCUGGUUCUGGGAAGGACAAUCUUUACGAUAGGAUGGCCCAACAUGCUAGUAUGCUAAUGUCAAAGGUCGACAAGAGAGCGGUAGACGCAGAAGCAACGAAGGCUUUACGAGGGAAGACAUCUCAUUUUAUGGAGCCCAGUAGAACUUUCAUGACACCUGCAGAACUCAAAAAUUUGCCUGACAAGAAUCCCUCCGCUUCUGAAGUGACGACUGAUCUCCUAUUGAGGAAGCUCUCCAACAUCCUGAAUGAACACACGUUGACAAAUUACCAGACGAGGACGCAGAUUAGAAAGUCCCUGCAACUUCUAGAGGAGAACAAAGAGAGACUGCAGUUGGAUGAAAGCAGGUUGAUUGAUUCAGGCUUUGUUGGAAAUCUCGCUAGAAAAUCAAUGAGAAGUGGUCUUGAAAACGAGCUACUAAAAGAGCAUCUGCUGGUCCUCGAAGAAUUAAGGCCUAUAAUCAGAAGAAUCAAACGGUUCUCCAUUCCAGUUGAGAAAAUCAAAGCUGCUGGGCAAAGCAUCGUCGAUAGUCAUGGUCUGACAAGCGAGGAUGACAAAGAAAGCGUAUCAAAGGACAUUGAAUUACUUUGUUCACAGGCUAAACGUUUAAGAUUAAAAAAAAGCAUUUUGUCUUCAAUGAAGGAUCAUUUCACUUUGACCCAAGUUGAGGAUGACUAUCUGUUGAACGGCCCUGUGGAUGUGCAAUUCUUCCGAAUCGUUGACAAGGCAAUAAAAAUUAAAGAACAUACAGUCGUUUUGUUGUCUCUACCGAGCUCCACGGCUGCAGAUGCAUUGAUACGGAGAAUUAAUCAAGUCCUAGAGAGCGUCUAUCGAAAAGUGUUUAAUCAUUUGAUUGAUUUCCUGCACAACUACGAUUCUGGAUCUAAUUCGUUUGCACAAGCUACUAUACCGCCUAGCAAGAGCGACCGGACCAUUUUUAAAAAAUCUGUCGUUUGCUUGUCCAACGAUCUAAAGUACUUUAAUGAGUUUUUGAAACGAGUGACCGCUAUGCGCUCGAAGGGCAUAUUGGAUGAAUUCCUGUCUCAGUUUGAUUACAAUCCCAAUGAGUCGAGGCCUAUCUUGCUAUCCGCAGGCGACCCACUUCGAUACGUUGGUGAUGUUUUAGCGAGCGUGCAUGCAUCUAUUGCGAACGAGGCAGAUUUUGUGAAACCACUAUUCAAAUUUCAGGAAGACUUAAACAUAGUGACGAUGCAUAACAAAGAACUUUUUGAUGGCCUCGACACCAAAGUGUUCAAUGAGGUUGUCAGAUCACUUGCUAAUCCUUCCCGAAUUAGAAUUGAGCAGGUUAUUAGAUUUGAAGAAGAUCCGGUCAUUAAUUUUGAGAUAAUUCGGCUGCUGGACUUGUACCAAUUAAUGUAUCACAGACAAGGUAUCAAUACCAAUAAUAUUGUGAUAGAGAACCUGAAAUCUUUACAAGAGAUAUCAAAGACUCGAAUUGAAGAUUUCUUCACAAAGUACCUAGGCGACAUUCCUUCGGUGUCUGAUAAGUUUAAUGAUUCAAUGCCGCCAGAGUGGCUUUACGGCUAUAUAAACAAGCUUGUUGAGCUAUUCGAGGCUCACGAACAAGGAGGUGAUUGGGAGACUAAAAAGAGAAGUGCAGUGAUUAAUGGUGCAUUCUUAGAAAACUUUGUUUCAAAUCCAAUUGACGAAGUUUUAAUGAAGAGACUGCAGCAAGAGACUCCAUUGGCGAAGAAAAAUGACGAAGCCAGAUAUUCUCUGCUUUCUGUGCAAAUAAAUUGCCUCGAUCUCAUUAAAUCACGUCUUCAGCCCUUUGCCAACAGCAUACUUGCUCGCGAGGAGAAAGCAGUGAAUAUAUGGAAGAGCAUAGGACAAAAAAUGGAUGAUUUUAUCAAUCGUAUGCUUGAUCUGCAAUUCAAGCUGCUGAUGGAAAGGUGCGGCCUGGGCUUGUACUAUAAUCUGUUGAAUAUGAUUUUCCCAAUUGCAUCAGUGCAGGAUGAACUCGACUACGACAUGUACCUCUCGUUAUCGGAUAAUCCACUAAUGAACCUUGAGACAAUAAACGAUAAAGUCAACAAGCGGUUGAAUGAAUAUGUGCCUCAGGCGCUGACUGACAUACAAGACAAUCUUAUGUUUAAAUUGAUGUCUCCUACGAUUGCGGAUUACAUUUGCGAUAGUUGUUUAGCGAAGUUAUGCCUCUUUUACGCCACUUUUAGGAAGGUUAUGAUACACCUAUAUCCUGAGAGGACUGAAGAUAUCUGCAAUAUCUUGAAUUUCUCGGAAGAAGAGUUUAAAGCUUUGGUUGGCGUUAAAUGA